AUGUCGUAUGCUCUUAAAUAUGACCAGCGCCGUGCCACUGUGGAAGCAACAAUCGCCCUGAAGGAGGCGGACAAUGCGGAGGAUAUCGUGACAUGGAAGAGGAUGCUGGAAUUGCUGGAACUGCUCGGUGUAGGCGGGAUGUCUGAGGAGGAAGAAACUUCAGCAACAAUCAAAGGCCACAAGAUCAAGACUUACAAGAUCAAGUUAUGCGUCUGGCGCGAGCCAGCCAUUGCGGAUUACAUGCGCAUGGUUGACGCGCAGACCACGCGCUUCCAGGCCCUUCACAAUGGCACAAAAUCCGCUCCACGCGUGCGAGACCAGACGAAGGGCAGCAGACCUCCGCCGAAAGGACUCCCGAAAUGUUUGUACAAGCCUGACUGGCUUUCGUCGCUGACCACAAAGGAAGUUAAGGAACUAAAAGUCUCAAAGGAAGCAUUUGCGCUGUUUGUCGCCGCUACUGAGCGGAUGGCAAUAUAG